AUGGCGACCUCUACGACCUCGCACCGGCCCAUCAAGGGGAUCCUGAAGAACAAGGGGUCCACGGCCUCGUCGGGAGCGGCCAUGGCCCAGCAGUCCGGAGGGGCUCUCCCGGAGGUACAAAGAAAGAAGUCCCAGAAGUGGGACGAGUCCAGCAUCAUGGCGACGUACCACUCACCGUACGCAGACUACGAUUUCAUGAAGACGAACGAGCCCAGCACUGCGCAGCUCGGUCUGCAGGAGGACAGGGAAGGUGCAGCUAGUGACUUCGAAACUGAGGAAGCCAUGAUCCUUGACAGCUUAGCUAAGAAGUUAGCCGCCACCAGUACCUCGGAGCUCAGCUAUCAAGUCGGGGAGCCGGAGAGGGAUAGGGUGCAUGCCAGCAAAAUCUUCUUGGACAAACAAGAGAAACAGCGGCAGUUCGAAAUGAAAAGGAAACUUCACUACAACGAAGGCCUGAACAUCAAAUUGGCCAGACAGUUGAUUUCCAAAGAUCUACAAUGUGAAGAUGAGGAGGGCGAACACGAAGAGAGUCGCCAUGCCACCAGCGACAAGACUACCCCGAAAGACGCCGAUGGAGGCCUCACCGCUGAUGAACUUGAGACCCAGUCACGCUACGUGUAG